UUAACGCAGCACGUAAUUAUAAACCUGAACUAAAUAAAUUCGGCCGCGAACACUUUCGUCAGUCCACGUUGUGCCAACUAUAAACAAUCCUCAUUAACGUGGGCGUUACGCCCGUGACGUUAUUUUUGUCCCAAAGCGCACAUCCCGCAAAAACCGGCCCGUUUCCAUCAAACCCGUUUAUCGCUUUUAAGAAACCGAAUUUGUUGACAAAUCGUGUGCUCGAAGCGACCAGUGCAAUGCAGAUAAUAACAAUAACUGAUAAUAUGUGUUCCGUACGUUUAGUUUAUGGGAAACAUUUGUCCAGAUAGUGUGCAAACCACAUCGAGAUGAGUAACCUCAACACCGUGGACGAUUUGCCCAACAUCACGUCGAAUUUCACCGACGAGGAGUACCAUCACCGGGAAACCUCCUACGAGCGGAUUUUCCUGGAGGUGUUCACCGUCGUGGGAUUGCUGUCAGUGGUGGCAAACAGUCUGUUAAUUUUCGUCAUCGUCAAGUACAAGAAGAUGAGGGAGGACCCCACCAAUGUGAUUUUUCUUCAAAUGAACAUUUUACAGGCGUUUUGUUUGCUUGCUACGCCGCUGACUUUGAGGAUCCUGAUGGAGUUCUUCGACGUUUCGCCAGUGCACACUAUAGUGUUUUGUGCUUCUUAUCAAGUCGAAUCUACGAUAAUGGUGGCUAUAACGUGGUACUUGUUUCUGUUAAUUUGUGACUGGUACCUCAAACUUUACUACAAAAACGUUUAUGUGAAGUUUUGUCGUGUGUAUAAAUUUUUCAUAGCGGCCUUUUAUGUUCUGACUAUGUUCGUGUGUUCGAUUACCGUCCAAAUAUGUUUCAAGAGUGCCAUGUAUGGCUUCGUUUAUAUGAUCUUGGCUGCUGGGCUGUGUUUUUUAGUGUUGUUCUUAAUUAUUAUAAAUAUUAUUCAUUUAGUGAGGAGGAGGAGAAUUACGUCUGAUUGUAAAGGGAACAUAGGGCUGGCAAUUGCCAAUAUUUGGUUCGGUUUGUGGUGUCCCACUUUGAUAUUCGUACUCUUAACAAUACUCGGGAACAUAGCUGCUCCCGUGCUACUAAUUUUUGUAUUUUCGUUAGGGUUUUCAAGCCCCGUGUUUAACCUCAUCUACCUCUACUACUACGACGAUCGCUACAACAUAUUCUUGAGGAAAGUGUUCACUUGUAAGUGUAACGAAUACUCGAACGAAAGUUUAGAAACUCCCGUGAGCUACAACGACGUAAACGGUGUACAAAUUCCAGACAAUUAAUGUAGUUUUUAAUUUAAUACAAUUUUUCGACCGA